UCCUCAGCGGCCGCACCAAAGAAGCGAAAAUGCCUUCCCACAAGUCAUUUAUGAUCAAGAAGAAGCUCGCUAAGAAGAUGAGACAAAACAGACCUAUCCCUAAUUGGAUCCGUAUGAGAACUGAUAACACCAUCAGGUACAAUGCUAAGCGCAGGCACUGGCGCAGAACCAAGCUAGGGUUGUAAGGUAGAAGCAGUUCUUUACUUCACCUCUUGUUAUUUGAAGGAUAUCGUGUGUAUGGUUUUGGCAGGGAGUAGGGCUUGUGAUACAGGAUGACACAAGUAAUAUGCCUGGCCAAAUGCCAAUCCGCGACCUGAUCCUGCAGCUGUGGAUGACAUAUCAAUUUGUUCAGUAUAUUCGAUGCAUCGAGCUGCUGCUAAGUGCAGGUGGAAGUGGGAGUCCUGGUUCAACCGAUGUAGAGGUGGAUUCAAGGUGAGCAUAGAACUGGCAAGGGACGCAGCUAUGGACCUACAUACGAAUGACAACCAACGAGUUUGAUCUGAUCGGCAAGGAUUGUAAUUGAUGAAGUUUGGGGAUUAUCUGCUAAGGCUUUUAUAGAUUCACUGUGAUAAGUUUUGGAUCAAGAUCUUAAUUUCUCCAUGAGUUAGAGUUGUUGGGAUUUUUUACAUAUGAUGAGUUCUUGACUUGAAAAUUUUGAUUCAGGUGAUAGACUUGUCCUUCAGUAGGAAUAUUUUUUUUUUUGCUGCUUCAGAUGGACAUAGGAGAUAUCCCUAACACUGAAGCUGCAGUUCUUCCAAAUGAAGUCAAAUAAUUCUUUGUUUUUUCUUUU